UAAUGUUAAUUCAUAAACACACAAAUUACGUGUGUGUAACUGAGUGAGAGAUUGAGAAUUGAUAAGGAGAAUUAGGGGCAGAAAUUGAAGAUAUUUUAGAAUGAUUCUGAAAGAAGAUGCACAAAAAUGCAACGCCUGGUACCCGGCGUCUCCACUUGCAUAUAUAAUUUUUUUGAGUUUUAACCGGAUGGACUGAAGAAAGUCGUAUUUUUAUCGGCCAAAAUUAACCAUUUGGCAAUCUUUGGUGCUAAAAUAAGUGCAUGAGUGUGCGGUUGAAGAAUCAAGACACGAUACAAAUAUUAUUUCAACCAGCACGAGUCACUAAUACAAUGGAGAGACGUUUCAUGACUGUGCUAACUUGGCCAGAGGUGAAAUGGAAUAUAUUCCUUUAGUCGUGUGGUUGGAUGUGAUCACAACUCACGGUUUUUCUUUUGUGUGGGGCCCCCCAAAAUUUUCGAGGCUUCCAUACUUCUGCCGCGACUUGAGAUUCUGACGUGUUCACGGAAAGUAUUUUGCUUCUGGGAAGGAAGAAAAAAGAAUCACGAUUGGUGGAAAAAAUUGUUCAUGUGCGGGUUCUAUUUAUAAAAAUUUCACUGGCACAGGGAAAUUCUGGUGAGAAAGUGAAUUCCAACUUUAUAGUGUACAAUACCAGUUAAAGUUAUUGAAAGUUUCGAGGGGAGUGAGAAAAUAUUAAUUCGAGGCCAGAAAAAGUGCAAUUAAAAAACGCAAUUAAAGUUGUGAAUGAGGGAAAAAGAGUCAGGAAGAUAUCUGUGUUAUAAACAAUGAACGGAAAACGCUUUGGGGGACGUACUUCCAGUCAAAUAUCCAUUUAUGACUAUCCUGAGCAUUUAAAUCCCUUCUAUGAGGAUGAACAGCACAAAAGACUGCGAUUCUGGAAGAUUGGAAAGAGGUCAGAUAAGACCAAAAGGAGCAAUAGCUUUAGUCUCGAUGGAUUGAGGGAUUUGUGGACACUAAAAUCCUUCAGAUUGAAGAAGAAAUCGUCAACAUUGGGUGUCAACAAGACUUCAGAGAGUCCUCCGCCGCUGAGAAGGACUCUUCUUGUGGAGGAACAUGAUACAGAUCGUGCCUAUCAUACUCUUGAUCCCAGUGCCAGGCACACAGUAUCUGUGGGUCUCAACAGUGGCUUCGAGAGGAGUGCUCGGUAUCGAAGUUCUCUCCAGGAUAUGAGUACUUUUCAGCAGGGAUCACCUUUCAGUCGCACAGACAGAUACAGGAACACCAUGCAAAAUGGACAGGAAUUUGUUAAUCGGGGAGGAUCAAAGACUCCUCAAAUGUCUUCUAGAUACAGCGGAAAUCACAUGGCACACAGUUCUUCGCAGCAGAGUUUAACUAGUUCAAAUCCUUUCGAUGAGGACGAAAAUAUGGCUUCAGCUUCAGGAUCGUCUGGAGUAGGAUCAGCUAAGAGACCUGCUCGAAAGAAGAGGAGAGCUCCACCACCUCCAACUCCCGUCAUCACUACUCCACAGUCUCCAGCAAAUGAAGAGCAGAAGGAUAGGGAGAAAGCAGCUGAAAUUUCGAAUUUAACUGCUGAAAUUGAGAACUUUGUGAAGAGUUCGGAAGCAGAAGAGUCCAAAGAGUGUGGAGAGAUAUCAAUUCCUGUUCCUGUUCCCAGGAGGGAGAAGAAGGAUGCACAGAAGUUUCAGGUUACCAAGACUCAAGAGAGUGAGAUUGAGCUUAGGAUUACUGAGUCUACUGAUGAUCUGUCGAGUGUUGGAGGGGAGAAGAAGUCUCCGGAAAAGGAGGAAAGUGUUAAAGUCGUUAAAGUUGAGGAAACUUCUGUGAAGGAAGCACAAGAACCAGCAGAAGUGGAACCUUCGAAGAAAGAAUCAAAAGAGGAAGUUGUCCAGAAGGAAGAGAUUAAGGAGGUGAAAAGAGAAGUUCCUGAAGAAGAUGCCAAGGAUAGGGUUAAGGACAAGUCAGAUCCUUACAGAAAUGUCGUUGUGGAGAUGGAAAAGUAUGAAAUCCGCUUUGCACCACUGAAAACGGAUGAUGCAGCUGGUGAGAAUCAUCGAAAGAAUCCGGUUGAGCGUCAGAGAUCGGUGCAGGAGAUCAUUGAGUCAAUUAACAAGAGUCAGAGCCUCUUGAAGAUCAACUAUGAGGAUGAUAGUCGGGUGCAGAGUAUUAUGCAGGAUAUUGAGAGUCAGAAGAGAGAUGUGCAGAGGAGAAAGUCCUCAGACAGCCUCAACAGGAAUAUCCGAGAAUUGGAGCAGAAAGAGCAAGAAAUGAGGGAAUUGAUAAGGGAAUUGGAAGAGCAGGAAACUUCCGAUAUUCCCGUAGUUGUUCAGGAAUUCAAUAAUAAUUCCUUCGACAAGUGCGUUCAGCUCCGAGAACCUGAAGAAAAGGACCAGAACGACAACCAAACCAAGAAGAGCAGCAUUGAGUGGAAUCCUCUGCCGAAACCAAGACGCAGUCGAAAUCUUUCCUCAGAAGAUGUCGAUGUUCCCACUUAAGGCCAGGUACAUUUUUCUUUUAUCCUUUAGUGCCAUUUGGAUAGUUGAUCGAGCGUGAUACAAUUUAGCAGUUAAUUUAUACAACAAUUUAUUCAUCAUGAUGAAUACAGCAGCAUACAGUCGAGUCCGGAGACGCUGCCGGAAGUUGUAGAAAAUACAAUAAUCCUUAUUACAUUGUAGAAGUAUUUAAAAAAAAAGCACAUUCUCUAUACAAUUAAAUUACAAUGAAAAUUA